AUGUUUCAAUCAGGUCUCCUCCAGAUCAUCCCACAUUUCCUAUCACUUCUCGCCCUGUACACGAUCAUAACCUGUGUGGUGCAGUACUGGCACUUUAGAAAAGUCCCAGGACCCCCAUUAGCAGCAUGGACGAAUUUGUGGCUGAUGUGGCACAUGAACAACGGAGAACUGCUACAGGAGCUCAAAAGCCGAUUACACCAGACUUACGGGCCCACUCAGCGUUAUGGACCGAAUAGGAUCUUCUUCAGCCAGCUUGAAGCUGUACCGAUCAUAUUAAGCACGUUGAAUCCGUUUCCCAAGGCCUCGAGUUAUGACCCACCAAAAGUCUUCAACCACGGCUCAGAAGUCGCAUCGCUGGUUUCAAUUACAGACGACAGAAGGGCCGCGCGAAUCAAGCGCAACCUGCAUUCACAAUUCUCCCUAAAUGGCGUGCUGAUUUACGAAAAACAUGUCGAUCACACUGUUAACGAGUUGGUCAAUCAUUUGCGUGCUGCAGGAAGAACCGUGGAUCUAAAGCAGUGGUGUGACUGGUUCGCAUUCGACGCCAUGGCACGCAUCGCCUUCAGUGAAGACCAAGGUUUCAUGAAACAACAAAAAGACGUGGGAGGUUCUGCGGCAGCUGCAAAAGCACGCUUCAAACACUGGUCGCUUUAUUGGGCUAUACCUUCGCUUGACGCGAUUCUCUAUAAAAACUGGUUCGUAAGGCGUUCUAAGAGGCCGCUAUCCGGUCUGACUCGAAUUGCAAUUGAUUCUAUCGAGAGAAGAAGAGGUAAAGAAGGUUCUGAGACUCAAGGAGAUGACCUACUGGGUCUGUAUAUGGGUUCUGCCAAGCUCGAUCCUGAGCUCUUCACACCAUCCACAACCAUUGGCCUGACAGUCAGCACUAUAUCAGCUGGCUCGGAGACUACAGCAUACACCACCGCAGUUACCAUGUACUGUUUGCUCGAAAACCCACGCGUCCUAGCGACUCUACGUGCGGAGCUCGAAUCUAUCUCAGCAACUACAGAAUCUGGAUGGAGCCUACCGCCAAUGGCUGCACUCCGGCCACUCCAGUAUCUGGAAGCAUGUGUUAAAGAGGCAAAUCGUCUGCAUCCGGUAGUUGCCACCAUGCCUGAGCGUGAAGUACCCGCUGGUGGUGCUACUAUAGCCGGGUUGUAUGUCCCAGCGGGUACCAUUGUCGCCGUAAACACAGCAGGCAUCUACAGCAACACAGAAAUCUUCGGCAACGAUAUUGACGUGUACAGACCGGAACGCUGGCUCGAAGUGAACGACGAGCAACGCACCAAGAUGAACCGCGCAAAUCUAUUGUUCUCGGCUGGAAAGAGAAUGUGUCUGGGGCUCAAUGUGUCCUGGCUGGAAAUGAGAAAGGUCAUCCCGGCUUUGGUGAUGAACUUCGACAUGUCACUUGCGUACCCGGAGCGCGGUCUUAAACAUGUCCCAGGUCUUUUUAAUGAGCCUGGUGAGAUCAUCACCCACAUAUCGCCGCGACACAUGGCCUAAAGAAGUCUAUCUUAUCAGGCAUUCCACAGUUUGAAGCUAUCCAAAUUACAGCUAGGCUUUGAUCGCAAUAGUAAGAUCCUAUGCGUAGCCUCAGGCUACUCGAUGGACUGCCUGCUGUUGAAUCCUGGUCGCUUUCCGUCAUAGUUUUAUCCUUUGGUGCAAGAUCUUGCGCAGGAAAUAGCUAAAUCAUGCGAUAGUUUCUCGCGAACUCAGACCACUUUGCGCA